UCACUGGUUUUCUUUUCUAGCCGCCAUUCAAAAGAGUGUGUUUCAGAGCGUUUCAUCUUAAAUUUCAAAAGAAAGUGCAACAAAAGUUCAAAACAAACACUAAAUUAUCUUUAAAACGCAAUUGCUCGUUGGCAAAGAUGCCCGAAACGGAAACUAAACCCACCGGCAACAGGGGGCGACCCCGAAAGUCUGUGGCCGCCGUACGCAAAGCGCCAACAGUGUCCAACGACGAUGACGAUGAAGUAAUGGUGCCCACCAGCAGCACGAGCAGCAGCCACAAUCGCAAAUAUGUUAAGCAUGUUAAUAAUGCCAGUGCUGCUGAUGAUGUGGAACAGGAUAUGGAAGCUGAUGAAAAUGAUGCAAUGGAACAGGAUGAUAUCGAUGACGACGAGGUCGAGGAAGCCGACAGUAAUGAGGCCAGCGAUCAGGAGGACGAUCCCGAUGAGCCGCCGCCUGCGUUCAGUCUGGCAACGCUGGGACUACAGCGUGUGGGCAGCGCCCCGCCACCCAAGCCCAAAUGCCAAAAGGCACCGAUCCUGACGCUCAAUGCACGCGGCAUGCCCGCUCGCAUACGCAAGCGCAAUCCGCUGUUCUACGACGAGAACAUCAUCAACGAUGACAAGCCGUUGCGCGUCAGUCUGGCGCCCAAAAAGUUGCCUGCACGCGGUGCCGGCGAUAGUCCCGGCAAGCUGCAGACUACACCGUCGAAGGUGCUCAAGAAGCGCAAAGGUGUCGUCUCGCGUUACAUGCGCUCCAAUGACAAUGGCAGCGGUGCUUCCACCUCAAAUUCGGCGGCCAGCAACGAUGAGAUGUCGCUGAAGCAGCGUAAAACCCCGGGCAAAUCGCUGGCACUGCCAAGCACCUCGUCGGGCCUCAAGCAGCAGCAGCAACAACAGCAGCAGCAACAGCAGCUGGCCGGGGGAAUGCGUGGACGUGGUGCGGGCGGCGGUGCAAAGAUUGCGGCUGCCGCUGCGGCCAUGGCAGCGGCCGAGGAUGCAGCCAAAAAAGCUGAGGCACAGGCAUCGGCCAAUAAGCGUUUGGGUCAAUCGAUUGGCAUACGCUUGCGUAAUCUGUUGAAGCUGCCGAAGGCGCACAAAUGGGCGAUUGCCGAGUGGUUCUAUUCAUACAUUGAUAAGCCGCUGUUCGAUUGCAAAUACGACUUUAUGAAUCAUGUGAACGAGCUAACGCCAAGGCUGGGCACACGCCGGCUCAAUCGUCACGAGUGGGUGAACAUUAGGCGCCGGAUGGGACGGCCACGUCGCUGUUCGGCGGCAUUCUUCAACGAGGAGCGUCGGGAGCUGGAGCGCAAGCGGCAGCUGAUGCGUACGCUACAGUCACGCAAACCGGGCGAACUAAAGGAUUCGGUGCUAUUGGCCGAUAUGCCCGACAAGAUACCGAUGCCGCUGCCAUUGGGCACCAAGGUGACGGCACGUUUGCGUACGCCGCAGGACGGCAUCUUUGCGGGCACAGUUGCCGCCUACGAUUCGUUGAAUGCCAUGUAUCGUGUGACGUUUGAACGCAUGGGCUUGGGCACCCAAUCGAUACCCGAUUACGAGAUUGUCUCGGAGAAUUUCCACGAGAUGUUGCCGCUGCACAGUUUCACCAAAGAUUUUCGUCCCAAUUUGAUGAGCAUCUAUCAGACGAAUAACAUGGGCUUCACCACCAAUUUGGGCUUCACCACAAAUCUGGCCAGCAGCUAUCAGGGCAAACGUAAUCCGCUCGCUGCCGCAACCGCUGGCAAUCUCAACAGUGGCAGCAACAACAACAACAUCAGCAGCAACAGUUUAACGGCACCACAGAAACAUCUGGUCAACAAUAAUGCCGCCGCACGCAAUGCGCUCAGCAUGAAGUUGAACAAGAGUGAUCCAUUGCUGGGACAAGACGCCAUCAGUGAUAGUCCAAUGCGUCAGCAGCUGGCACGUCAUCAUGGCUAUUCCAUGAAAUUGCUGGAGCAUCUGGUGCUGCUGCAGAACUAUAUUGCGCUCAAGGAGGCGCGCAUUCAUCGCCUGAGUGAGAUGAACGCCAAGGCGGAACUGGCCAUGGGUGAUCUGGUCACAGGGGAGACAGGCGAUCGCAAUCGCCGACAAUUGCGUGAUGAUUUCCAGCGUCGUUAUGCCUCCAACAUAUUGCGCAUUGAGUACAUCAACGGCAAUUUAAUGUAUGAGCUGACCAAGGUGCAGGAGCUGUCCAGCAGCCUGACCCGCAAUCCCAACAUUCAGGCCAUGAUAUCACCGACAUUGCUGCGCGAAGAGUGUCGCGCCAAGGCCAGCCAGACGGUCGAUGAGAUGAACAAGGGUGUGGUGAAGAGCGAGCGCAUGGUGACGCUACUGAAGAAUCUAACAACGCUGCUGAUUGUCACACAGAAUUUGGACAGCGAUUGGGAGGCAGCCGAGGUGAACAAGGUGCUCGAGGGCUGCAUGGAGGAGGUGCGCAGCAAUCUGGUGUGCAGCGCCAACAGCAAGGUGUUCCAGAAGAGUGUACAAUCGCGCCUCGAGUACAUUGCCCUCGACAUUAAUCGGAACAUCGAGGAACGUAGCUUUAGCCAGGCAUCGGCCAAAUCACCAAAGUCACCCAAAUCGGAGGCAACCGAUACGGCCGGCGAGACGGGCGGCAAUGCUAAAAGCACCGAGACCGACAAAAAGGCGAAGCAUGACGAUAAUGACGAGGAGAAUAACGACGAUACAACAGCAGAUGAUCAGAAACCAGCGGAAGAGGAGGGGGAGGAGGCGCAGGCAAAGAACAAGAAAGAUAAAUCAAAACAAGACAUUGUCGAAUCGGAUGUGGAACCCAUGGAAGUGGACAGCGAGCAUGAGGAUGAUGAUGAACUGGCACCGGCUGAGAAGAAAAAACGAACAGAUGCCGACGACAACGAAGCUCAAGUUGAUACUGACGCAGAUGCGGAAGCUAAUCGUGAUGCAGAUGGCGAUGCUGAUGCCGAUGAUACGGAUGCGGCUGAGAAGCCAGCAAAUGAUGCUGCAACGCCCGAAUCAAAAGUGGAUGAAACAAAUACCGAUCCCUGUGCCGAGGAUUCACAAAUCACAAUCGAGUCAAUGAAGGAGUCCGACGAUGAGAGUCAAGCGCACGACGAGAAGGAUGAUGACAAGCAGCAGGAAAUCAGCGAACUGAAAUUGGUCGCCGAGUUAGAUGAUUCGGACUCGCAACAAGAAUUCUUGUAUGAAAAGUAGCGAGUAACGAGUUGAGAGAGCUGCGAGUAGCAAGUGCAUCGUUAUAUUGAUUAGUUGGGUACUUUCAGUUAAGUCGUAACAAAAAAAUACCAAAUGUUACGUUUUCACACUUUACACCUUUUACAAAAAAUUAUGUAUACAUAUAAAUUAUAUAUAUUAUCAUUUUUUAAAUGUUUCUCCCAUUGGUUGCAACUGAUGGUAUACAAACUGUAUAUUGAUUGAGGAGCGCUACAAUUAUAAUCCGCCUAAGAAUUAUAAACUUGGAAAUACGAUUUUUUUUUUGUAUAAUUUAUCCGAUUUGUAAUGCGUGUUUAUCAUUCUCCUAAUUUUUUUUAAAUAUUAGUUUUUAUGUAGUUCACAUUUUAAAUUUUAAC